UGUUCAGUAUUCGAAGCAGGCACCAGCGACAGCGCAGCAGCGGCCCAUGCGACGGCCCGUUGGUUAAAUAAAAACAAUAACAUCGUCAGCAUCAUCAACAUUAUCAUCAGCAACAGCAGCGCAGUGGCAGCGCAGCAGCAGCGCAGCAGCAGCAGCAACAAUAAUUGAAACCUGUGACCACUUGUCACACACGUUGCUACAAAAAGGGAACUAAAGUGGCACUGACAGUUGCCGGUACCGUUAUCGUUGUUGCUGUUGCCGUUGCCAUUGCCGUUGCCGUUGUUGCUGUUGUCGAUGCGAGUGUCGCCAGCGUCUAGCUCAAGUGCCACUUGAGCUUCAGGCGACAGGACAUCGGCCAUAUAUUAAGCGCCAACAUGUGCGUGCGUGUUUCGAUUUUGGCCCGCAAAGCCCACUAAACAACAAAAGCCCGAUACAGAAGAAGUCUGUCGUGAAUUGUGUACAAGUAUUUGUGUCUCUAUCCGUGUAUGCGUGAGUGUGUGUGUGUGUGUGUGUGUGCGUGUGUUUAUAUUGCUUUGCUUGCCAAAACGUGCCGCAUGUUGCGGACAGUCGUGUGAAUCAAAUAGAAAUAUCGUUCGAACAAAUCGAUUUCGCGUUUUUUGUUUGAGCACAGCAAUAAAAAUAACACAAACUUCGUUCUAAUGACAAAUUAAAUAUAGACCAAACAACAACAAAGAGAGCGAGAGAGAGAAUAACAAAAAUCGUUAAAGACCAAAUGGUGAGGCGCAUGUAAGAAGUUUCUGCCCGAUAGCAGCAACAACAACAACAACAACAAAAAUAAUAACAACAAUCACAACAACAACAACAACAACAACAAUAAUAACAACAACAACAAUCAGAACAACAACAGUAAUCAAGAGCGAUAAAAGCAACAGUCAAAGAAAAAGUUUCAUUGCUCGUGUUGCAAACGCCGCAAGCAACAGCCCCGCCCACAGCGCCGAAGCCAUCGACGCCUCCCGCCCCCGCCGCCAGACCAAAAGGCAGCAUAGCCAAACGCAAAUCAACAACGACAAUGACGGCGUCAAGACCUUCAGGCUCAUCCAGAUCCCUCGCCACCUCCAGCACCCGAAGCGGACAGCCGACACGCGUUCAGCAAACGCCUGGACGCUGGCUGAUGAGCGCUUGAAAGCGCGGCCAAGUUUUCUGUUAAGCUGCGAGCAACUCAAACAAAGGCCAUAACCUGAACCUGAGAAGUGAAGGCGGCGCAGGAGCAGAAGCAGGAGCAGCAAUACGAGCAGGAGCAGCAGCAGCUGGCAGGCUAUGGCAUCGCGUCCUCUCAGCGCGCUGGGCAAACACUCGACGUCGACGGCGAGGACAUCGCCCCAGUUGAUGGGGCGGCGGAUGAUUAUGAGCUUUGACCCGUUGCUUGUUUGCGUUGCAAAUUGCAAUUAUGUGAGCGAACGAAAAAUGAUUAUCUACUCUUCAGCGAGCAGGACAGCAACUGCACAGACAGUUUAAUCAACGCAACAGUGAGUCGAAAUAAUGUCAAUGCCUAAGGCAGGGCACGGCCCAAGCAGAGAGCUUACAGCGGCGGCAUUGCCCACUUCAGCUAUGCGACGGCCUAGCACAUCGAUGGCUAUGCUAGCAGCUGGUGGUGCAGCCGCCACAACAACAACAACAACGGCAGCAGCAGCAGCUGCAGCAACAGCCAUAGCCAAUGGUCGUGGCGGCAACUUUCUGUUAACUGCAGCAGCAGCAGCUGCAGCCACCACAACAACAACAACGACGACGACAAUGGGAACAUCAACAACUACUUUGCAAGCAACAACACGAUUUGUGGACGCCUCGUUGACUUCGCUGUCAUUAACGGCAUCAUCGACUUCAUCGCCGAGCGGUGCAUCUUCCGCGCUGCCAUCCUCUCCGGCCACCGCCCUGGAGCUCCUCUCCACGGUCGCCAGCAAUCUGACAGCGAACACGAGUACCAGCCUCGGCAGCGUGGAGCUGGAGGGGGACAGCUGGGUGGACGUAUCGCUGUUGCUGCUCAAGGGCUUCAUCUUUUCGUCAAUUAUCCUGGCCGCAGUGCUGGGCAAUGCGCUGGUCAUCAUUUCGGUGCAGCGCAACAGGAAACUGCGCGUUAUAACAAAUUACUUCGUUGUCUCGCUGGCAAUGGCCGACAUGUUGGUCGCCCUCUGUGCGAUGACGUUCAACGCAUCCGUGGAGCUGUCUGGCGGCAAGUGGAUGUUCGGGCCGUUCAUGUGCAACGUAUACAACAGUCUGGAUGUAUAUUUCUCCACAGCGAGCAUACUGCAUCUGUGCUGCAUAUCCGUGGACAGAUACUAUGCGAUAGUGCGUCCCUUGGAGUAUCCGCUGAAUAUGACACAUCGAACUGUUUGCUUUAUGCUGGCCAACGUCUGGAUACUGCCCGCCCUCAUCUCGUUCACGCCCAUUUUCCUGGGCUGGUACACGACGGCGGAGCAUCUGCGCGAGGUCUCGCUGCAUCCGGAUCAAUGUUCGUUUGUGGUCAACAAGGCCUACGCUCUCAUCUCCAGUUCAGUGAGCUUCUGGAUACCGGGCAUCGUCAUGCUGGUUAUGUACUGGCGCAUCUUUAAGGAGGCUGUGCGUCAGCGCAAGGCUUUAAGCCGCACCAGCUCCAACAUUCUGCUGAACAGCGUCCACAUGGGCCAGACCCAGCAGCCCACCAGCCUGAGCUACUUGCAUCCCAGCGACUGUGACAUCAGCGCCAAGGCGGCUCGAGAGGAGACCAACAGUGCGCUCAGCAAUCUCGAGGACAUGCUGCAGACAGCCACUGAUGAGGACGACGAUAAGGACGAGUGCGAUGAACUGCGUGUGCCAUCGCCGCCACCACGCCGUCUCAGCCGCAGCAGCAUCGAUCUGCGUGACCUCGAGCAGGAGCGCUACGAGAAGGUCACGCACACGGACAGCGCGCCGUCGAUGAUGGCUCUGCAGCAGCAGCUGCUGCCAGGCGCCAGCCAGCUGCAGGCGCCGGUGCCAGUGCUCGAUCCGCAGAUAUGGGGAGAGACGCUGGCAAAGAAGCCGGUGCCGCAGCCAGCCGUGACGGCAGCUGUGGCCGCCGAGGCAGCGGCGGUGCAGCAGCAGCAGAGCCUGACCAGCGGCAGCGGCAACAGCGAGCCAGAGCCGGAGUCCAUGGCCUAUCGCAUGUUCGGGCUGAACAGCGAUGAGAGCGAGACGACGGACCACUAUGACACGCACCUGCCCCUGGCCGAGGACAACAAGGAGCUGAAGCGACUCAUCGAGGACAACUACUUGUACUUCAAGCGGCAGACGAACGCGGCGGGCGGCAAAUAUGCCGCGCUGAGCGAGUCGGACUUCAUACGCCUCAAGUCCGGAGCCGCAGCCAGCGGGCAGAAGGCGUUGGCUGCCAGCGACUCGGAGUUCAUGCGCAGCAUCGGCGAGGCGAAGGCGCCCGAUCUCCCCAGCAAGGACAGGGGCUUCAAUCUGAUGUCGCUGCUGGCCAAGACGAAGCGCUCCAGCGCCGAGUGCUUCGCCAUCGAAAAGAAGCGCCAGCAGGCCAACUCCGAGGGCUCCGGCUUCUUUCGGCGAUCGCGCAAUCGCAAGCUCUCGCACAGCUACAAUGGCGGCGCCGGCGGCAGCGGCGGCGCCAAGGAACGCAAACUUGAGCAGCGGGCGCGGCAGCACAGCGACACCGACUCGACGCCCAACAAGCCGGACAUCCUGCUGGACAUAAACGUGCUCAGCGAGCAGAACGCGGCGGCAACUGCGCCGGAUGGCCAUGGCCUGCAGCUGAUUGACUUUGGCAACGAUGCAAUCGUGGGCAACAUCAAUGGCAUCAGUGGAAUCAGCGGCGAUGAGCUAGCCCAGCUGGCCGAUUGCUUCGCCGAGUCACCCAAGCAGCCGGCCACGCCGCCACCGUCGCUGUCGCCGCCCGAGCUGCCCGAGCAGAGCGGCAUGCUGAUCGCGAGCAGCUCGGAGCUGGCCGAGAUCUUUCGCUCGCUGAGCUUUCCCAUGGGCGAGCAGUGCAGGUCCAGGCGUCAGGCGGCGCCGCAGCGCAUGAGCACGCUGAGCGAUCAGGUGUGCUCCAACUAUAUGAUGUCCCCACCGAAUACGCCGGCAGCAGUGAGUGCAGCAGCUGCCAAUGCUCCCCCAUCGGCGUCCAUCAACGUGUACUUCCUGUCGCCGCCGCCGCACGCCGCCAAUGGCUAUACGCCAAGUGACACAUCCACCAUAUCACUGGACGUAGUCACCAAUCUGGCGGUGCCGCAGCCGCAGCUGCAGCCGCAUCCGCAUCCGCAGCCAUCCAACAUAUCACCCAAGCCCGAAAUCAUACUCGACUCGACGCUGUCGCCAGUGGACGGCAGCGAUGGCCAUGUCCUGGGCGAGCACAAGGACAUCACAUCGCCGCUGCUGAAGCGCAAAGAUAGCAACGCCGAGGCGGAUGUUGGCGCUUCCGGCGGACGACAACGCUGCAGCAUGCUCACCGGCUACGAGGGCAUUCAGACAAUGCGGAAGCGGCAGGCGUCCGUGGUCACUUACGAUGUCAACGUUAUCAACUUCACCCAGGAGCAUGGCGACAGUCGCAGCUACAUACCCAUGGGACGUGUCUCCACCAGCUCGGCAAAGCGCGAAUUUUCGAAUAAAUCUUCGCUAAUACGACGCGGCGGCAUCUGCAUCUUUGUGGAUGAAGACGAGGCCGAUAAUAUUGAGCAAAAGCCGCGCGGCAUUACCUUUGCCCCGGCCGCCAGCCCGCUGCCAAAGUGUCCGCUCUGUGGUGCCGACAUCACCGUCGAUGCCAACACCACCGACACCGCUACCGCUAAUGCUACCGCCACCACCACCACAGCCACCACCACUACCACCACCACCAAUACCACCAACGACACCAACACCUCAAUCAGAGCAAGUAGUAAACGUAGUUGUCACGAUCCGGCCUCAGCUACGGCUACGGCUUCGGCUUCGGCUCCGGACACGCCCACGCGAUCACGCUUCUGGCACAAUCGAAUGGCGGCGCUCGCAGCGUGUUGGCACCAGAGCAAGAACCGGAAGCAGCGCUUCAAAACCGGAUGUAGUCACUGUGGUGCAGCCGGUGAGUUGUUUUGUCAUCUCCGCAACACAUACUGCUCAUUCGUACUCCCAACCGAACCACGCUCCCAUCCGCUUUCUUUCUCUCUCUCUCUCUCUCUCACUCUCGCUCUUUCUAACUCUGUUGCUCUGACAUGCUUAAUCGCCAUGCAUUUCCUCAGCCAACACCCAUUAUCUAUGUGUAUAUGUGUCAUUCAUUCAACUCCUCCCCACAAACCAAGAGUCGCACAGCCACCACAAAUCGGCCACACUUGUAAAUACAGAUCACUCUUACUCUAUAAAAUGUUGUACAAUCCCAAUCGUUAUGGUCGUUAUGAAUAGGUUUCUUUCUGUAAUUUAUUAUAUUAUAAUAUUAAAAGAAAAUGUCUUAGGAAUAGGAGCAAGCAAAUGUAUAAAAGAUUUCUACAGAUCUAACCUUAGCUUUAAGCAAAAUCCAAACUUAACUAAAACUUUCCCAUGGGCUGAUGGGAAUCCGAUAAAUGGUUUUAGGAAUCUGCAUACAAUUAUAUAAGUCAAUAGCGCAAACUCUAAAUGCAUAUCAUCUUAAUGAAAUACCUAAUUAUUUUGGCUGUUGAAAAAUAAAUCAUUGUUGAGCAUUCCAUUUUCUAUUACAGCUCAUAAUUUUGAGUAUUGAGAAAAAAUUAAUGUUGAGCACUUAAUUUUCUAUUAUUAAAACAAUAUAAUUCAUAAUCAUAGACAACGUUUAACUGUGUAGAAUAAAAAAGAAAUAUUGUUAAAAAAAAUUUUUUUAAACAUAUAAGAACGUCUAGUCGUGCUUUCGAAUUUACCACGACAUGUUAAACAGCUCAAUAGACGUACUUAGCACUGUAAGUCCGUGCAAAGAACUUGCUGAUCUUAGAUCUCUAGAGCUAUACGAGAUAAAGACUACUUAAGUACGAAAAACAUGUAUUUAAUAUUUAAAUCGAAUGAUAAAGCAAAUACAUUUCCCAUCUGCCACGCGACAGCCUACUUAUAUCAGCUUACAUUGUAUAUAGAUGUACUUCAUAAAUAUCCAAAUACAUUAUAUAUCAUCCAAAUAUCAAGUCCCUGGCAUGAGUUCAUGAGGAUAGCUGGUCAAGAACUCAUUGUACAGAUCUUACAUAGUCUUUGCACCUUGUAUAUAAUUCUAAAAUAUUGUCAUAGAUAUCUAAGAGCAGUGCUCUGUAUAUAAGUAACAAAAUAACUUAUAUUUUAUAGUUUUACGAAAUAUAAGUAUCAACAGCUAUAAUGGAAAGAAGUACCUAUACAUUUAACACUAACUGGCGAAUGCCGCCUUUUUAUAUUGUUUGCUUGAGGUCCUUUUCGGUGCUGCUUGAUGCUGUACAUAAUUGCCACCGUUAUGCACGUGCAUUUUCUUUUGCUUUCCCAGCCAACGUUUGCCUAUUUCUUUACAUUAUCAUUUCGGGCGAUGAGGUCGUCAACUUGUUUGCCAUUUCCUGUUGCUUACCGUUUGUCUGUUUGUCCGUCGGAUUUUGUUUCAUUUUGUUUAUGUACUUUCACUUUUCAAUGCUGUUUUUGUUUAUGUUUGGUACGUGUGCGAAUCUAUGUGUUGGUGGGUGUGUGUGUGUGUGUGUGUGGGUAUGUGUGGUUGUGUGUGUGUGAGUGUUGGUGUUUGUUUGUGUGGGUGCUUGUAUCUAUUCAAGCACUGUAGGAUUUCAAUUGUUUGCUUCGCUUUUAUUACUUCUUCUACACACACACACACACACACACACACAUAAAAACUCGAUUACUCUCGUCUGGUUAAAUGGCGCCGAACCAAAGUUGCCUGGCAUCAGUUGGGGUUAAAACUCAGUGCUGGAUUGUGUUUAUCAUCGAUACAACAACAACAAUAACAACAACAACAACUGCGACAAGCAACUACAGCAGCAAUAUUAAUGUAAAAGUUAAACAUGAACCGUCACACAUGGCACAACACGCCUUGGCAUAUGAGGCAUUCAAAGUAUUUACACACACACAUACACCCACACACACACAGCUAGUGAAACAACACUGAACAGAACCUAUGCAGCUGCAGCAACGGUUCUAAUUCUGUGCUAAAGUUCAAAUUUAGCUUAUCAGCUUUGUAACUCUCAUCGAAAUCUCAUCAUCUCAUCUCAUCUCUCUUUAUCUGACCC